UUGAAGGCUUAGCUGUGGCUGCCGCUGAGGUCAUUGCGCUGAAAAAAUAGACUGACUCCCUCCACUACACCGCCUCCAUUUUGAAUAGCCAUGUAAUAGGGGAUUCGCAUAGUUUGUGUGAGUAUCGCCCACUGCGCUGCGUAGUGUCAACAAGCCACAUCCAAACAUCCUUCGACAUGGACGACCUGUUCAGUCCGCGGAGGAGCUUGAACAGCACACAGGGCGAGAUAAGAGUGGGACCAAGUCAUCAGGCCAAGCUUCCUGAAUUGCAGCCACGGCCUGCUCCUAGUUUACAGACUCAGACGGAGAAUGAGGAUUUGAUGUGGACGCCUGGAGUCAAUGACUGCGACCUUCUCAUGUACCUCAGAGCUGCCAGGAGCAUGGCAGCAUUCGCAGGGAUGUGUGAUGGUGGAUCCACAGAGGAUGGAUGUUUAGCAGCUUCUCGUGAUGAUACCACACUCAAUGCACUGAACAUGCUCCAUGCAAGUCAUUAUGAUGCAGCAAAAGCGCUCCAGCGGCUGGUGAAAAAGCCUCUGCCGAAGCUUAUUGAGAAGUGCUGGUCAGAGGAUGAUGUGAAACGCUUCAUCAAAGGCCUGAGGCAAUAUGGGAAGAAUUUCUUCCGCAUUCGAAAAGACUUUCUGCCCAGCAAAAAGACUGGGGAGCUGAUCACUUUCUACUAUCACUGGAAGAAAACUCCUGAGGCUGCAGGAACUAGAGCUUAUAGACAGCAACGUCGUCAGCCGUCCUCCCGUAAAGCAAAGACUCGCUCUGCUGCUGCUCCUGUCAACACCCCUUCACGAAAUUAUUCAAUGGAUGCAAGUUCUGCCAGCGAGGAUGAUCUUGACAGUGAAGACAGUGAACAGGACGUCAAGAGCUGCAGCCACUGUGGUACAACAAGCUCUAAGGAUUGGCACCAGGGAAGGAGAGACAACCCCGUGCUGUGUACACGUUGUCGCACAUACGAAAACAAGCAUGGCUGCCUUCCCCCAUCUCAGAAAUCUUCAGGCACUCUGUUCAUGUUUAAACCUGUUAAGGAAGAAGAAGAAGUGAACAGCAAGCAUGGCAUGAGGACACGACGAAGCAGAGCACCUCAACUGUCAUCUUUAAGAAGUGGUCACAGGAGGCUAACGGGCUCCCCUACAAGUGAGGAUCAGCACACUGGAAGUCAGACUUCCCCAAGUGGAACAUCUCACAGUUCAAGAGGGUCUUCCACAGACAAUAAGAAUGACUCCACUAAGAAGACAAACAAGAAAAUCAAAGAGGAGGUAGCAUCACCAAAGACAACAAAACGUGUGAGAGAGAGUCCAGCCCAGGAGCCUGAAGAGCCUGAAAAAGUUACGCCUAAAAGGCCAAAGACACAGGAACCUCAGGGCUCUCGGUCGGAGGGUGAGGCUGAGGUUGAGGAGGAAAGCUCCUCAGAAAGCCGCAGUGCUCAGGAUGAUGGCAGUAGUGACACCAAAGAUAUUGAUCAGGAUAACCGCAGCUCUUCUCCCAGCAUUCCCAGCCCUCAACAGGGCAACGAAAGCGACUCCGACUCAUCUGCUCAGCCAAACGGCGCUCCAUCAGAGCCGGCUGCGCCCACAGCAGCCCCGGCUGACACAUCAGUUACACAUGCCCUUCCAUUUCAGAGCCCUCCUGUCAUUCCUCCGCCACCCCAAAGCACCCCCACUGCUGAAUCUGCUCGCAGCCCCCCUCCUCCCUCUCCAGAACCUCCUCAGACUGCUGCUGGUCCAUCAGCCCCGACAGAGAGCCCAAACAGCCAACCACAACCCCCCACUCACCCUCUGCCUGCUUCAAGUCCACUGGGUCAGGACUCUUCCCUUUCACCAACAUUUCAGGUUCCACCUGCUGUCAGUUCUGUGGGUGCACAGCCUCUGCAGCCCCCUCAGGCUUCCCAGCGACCUUCACUCUUUUUCAGGGAGUCACAGCACCCUCAGAGUCCUCUAUCUGGCCCCCAAAUCAAGCCUCCUCCUACCACCCCAAUUCCACCUUCACACAAACAGAUGUCACACCAGCCUGCUGCACCUUUCCCCCAGAUGCCCUCCAAUCUCCCCCCUCCACCUGCACUAAAACCCCUCAAUUCUCUGCCAAACCAGCAUCCCCCAGGUGCGCCCCCUCCCCCUCUUCAACUCAUGCCACAGCCUUUGCCAACCCAGCUUCCAGUAAUCUCUCAGGUGCAGACCCACCCUGGAAAAAGCACGAGUUCUUCUCACCCACCUGGAGCAGCCUCUCACUCACUCACCUCUGUAACAUCAUCUACUAUUGGUCCUAUCCCGAGCCUCCAGCCGUCCUUCCCACCUCUGCCUCUGAGACCCUCAUCAAACACCACAGCAGGAGGAUCACAGAUUCAGAUCAAAGAAGAGCCUCUGGAUGAAGUGGAAGAAGCUGAGAGCCCACCUCCUCCACCUAGAAGCCCCUCACCAGAGCCCACUGUCAUAAACAUGGCAAGCCAUGCCAGCCAGUCUGCACGAUUCAUUAAACACUUGGAUCGCGGUUACAACUCUUGUGCGAGAACAGACCUCUUCUUCACACCACUUUCAUCCUCAAAGCUGGCUAAGAAAAGGGAGGAGGCUGUGGAGAGAUCCCGGAGAGAAGCAGAGCUCAGUGCUCGACAAGAACGAGAGAGGGAGAAGGACCGAGAGCGAGAAAGAGAAAGGGAGGCAGACAGAAGUGCUAAAGCCUCCAGCUCUUCUCACGACAGCAGAAUAAGUGAAGCCCAGAUGACCAGCCAUGUUCGUCCUUCGUUUGAACAGCCCCCCACCACUGUAGCAGCCGUUCCCCCCUACAUCGGCCCCGAUACUCCCGCUUUGCGCACUCUAAGUGAAUAUGCCCGACCCCACGUCAUGUCACCCUCUAACCGCAACCACCCUUUCUACGUGUCUUUGAGCCCCGGAGACCCCCUGCUGGCCUACCAUAUGCCAGGCCUGUACAGUGCUGAACCCAGCCUUCGAGAGCGUGAACUGAGAAACCUGAGAGAGAGGGAGCUCCGAGAAAGGAUGAAGCCUGGCUUUGAGGUCAAGGCCCCAGACCUGGAAACUUUGCAUCCCUCAGCCAACCCCAUGGAGCACUUUGUCAGACACGGUCCACUGGCUCUCCCACAUAUUCCUGGGCCUCCACACCCCUUCGCACCCUUCCAUCCUGGACUGAACCAUCUGGAACGGGAGAGGAUGGCACUGGCAGGACCUCAACUGCGUCCAGAGCUGACUUACGCUGAGCGUCUCACUGCUGAGCGGCUUCACGCUGAGAGGAUGGCCUCUGUGGCAACUGACCCUGCUGCCAGGCUACAGAUGCUUAAUGUGACGCCACAUCAUCACCAGCACUCGCACAUUCAUUCUCACCUCCACCUGCACCAGCAGGAUCCCCUCAGUCAGGGCUCAAGCCCUCAUCCUCUAGUGGACCCCAUGGCAACAGGACCGCGUUUGGCCCGAUUUCCCUUCCCUGGUGGACCAAUUCCCAACCCUUUGCUCAGUGAGCUGCCUCAUGAUCAUGAGAUGCUCCGCCACCCAUUGUUUGGAGCCGCAUAUCCUCGAGAGCUGCAGGGUCCCAUUCCUCAGAUGUCUGCUGCACACCAGCUCCAGGCCAUGCAUGCUCAGUCUGCAGAGUUGCAGAGGAUGGCUAUGGAGCAACAGUGGCUGCAUGGGCAUCACCUGCAUGGAGGCCCUUUGCCCAGUCAGGAAGAUUAUUACAGCCGUCUGAAAAAAGAAGGUGACAAGCCAUCUUGAGUCCCAGGUGGUGCAUGCCCUAAAGCCCUAUACUUAUACCCAAUAGAAUACUGUGUACCUUUGAGACUGUAAGAGAAUACGUAUGUGUGUCAAUUUCAUUUUGUUUUAAUAUAUUUUAGAAGAAAUCUUUGUGGAUCUUUAUGUGCAUUCCUUGUUCAGCACUUAAUGGGACUGUCAAAGUCUGUCUGAGAUUUUCAUAUCACUUGAGACUUUAUACUAGUUUUAUUAUCAAAAUAAACAUCUCACCUAUUUGAGUGAGACUUAACGUGACAGUGAUUUUCUCUAAUAAACUGUUUCAUAUACAGUGAUAUAAAUUUGCUAAACUACUUAUAAAGGAUAUGAAAACAGACUGACUUUGGUGUUAACUUUAAAUAUCUAUGGUUUCUAAAUGAUUUCCUUGUACAGAAUGACAUUUAAAUCAGUGUUUGGAUGAUUGUAAUGGACCUAGCAUGACUCAGUCUUCUGUUUUCACUAAACUAGAGUAGCAAGUUGCAUUGUUGUUUAGACUCUGAAAGCAUAGUAGAAGUUGGUUUACUCUAAAUCUGCUAAAUAUUUGUCUAAAUCCUGAAGUUUUAUAUAUCAAGAUAUCUUUUCACAUUAUAGCCGAAACUUUUAUCCCUCGUUUUUGAGAUUGUAAAUAUUACAUGUUCACGAUAUUCUAUCUGAAUGAUUUAGCAGUAGAAGUGAACACUUGACCCCUUGAUUCAGCACGAUAACAUUAAAUCAUAAGCUAUAACAACAUAUAGUAUUAUAAGUUGAGGUAAUUAUUGAUUGGUCAGAGAAACUUGUAUUAGGACAGUGUAUUUACAUCAUUUUGAAACAACAGAAUUGGAGAGAAAUUAAAUCUUUGGAUUUUAAUGGAAUUUUUAAAAGAACUGCCUCUAAAUUCAAUAUUUAUGUGACAUAAUAUGAAAAUGUAUCCAUUGCGUAUUUAUUUCAAUAAAUACUUCUGCAAUGACA